AGGAUCAUAAAACAGGAGUUGGAGCUAUUAUUUGGGCAGAAGAAAAAUCGAGAAGCUGUGAUGGAACAGGAGCAAUGUAUUUUGUAGGCUGUGGUUACAACGCCUUUCCCGUUGGAUCUGAGUAUGCCGAUUUUCCACACAUGGAUGAUAAACAAAAAGAUCGGGAAAUCAGGAAGUUCAGAUACAUUAUACAUGCUGAGCAGAACGCCUUGACAUUCAGGUGUCGAGAAAUAAAGCCCGAUGAGAGAAGCAUGAUAUUUGUGACGAAAUGUCCAUGUGAUGAAUGUGUCCCUUUAAUCAAAGGGGCUGGUAUCAAGCAGAUCUAUGCAGGAGACGUUGAUGCUGGAAAAAAGAAAGCCGACAUAUCCUAUAUGAAGUUUGGUGAACUUGAGGGUGUAAGCAAAUUUACAUGGCAACUAAAUCCAUUGCACACUAAUGCCCUUGAAUUCCAUGACCACACAGCCAGGGAAAAUGGGGUCCAGAAAACAAAAUCACUAGAUGACCAGCAGCACCAAAACAAGAAACUGUGUCUUGGCCACUACUGAAUAACGAAGCACUUCUGCAGUCUUGUCUGUGCUUUUUAUCAUGCAGCCGGUUUGCACUUUCAACUGAGGAAGGGUUUUAUUUAUUGUUUGGAAUGGGAUUUUUAGAAUGUUUAUUUAUGAUGUCCUAAAUGUUUUACAGAAUUACCUGAAGGUCUUUUUAAUUUCGAAGUUCCGGGGAAGAAAUGCUGCUUAUAUUUUCUGUGAAAGUAACUGGGUGGCUCAUCAUUGUUAACAAAUUAAAAAAA